CACAGUCAGCACAAUCAACACAUUUCAGCGCAGAUACGCCGUCAUCAUCAAUUAUUGACUCAACCAUUUCAAACUACUACGCAUGUCACACAUAACAACCUUAAUAAUAACCGUUCAUCCGUUCCCUCAUUUACUCACGAUGUUCCUAAUACAUCCUAUGCAAGAAGCACAAGAAGCGCGCGAAGAUCAUCACCCGUUCAUGUUCCAAUUAAUAAUAAUCAUCAAUUACAUUGUAUGAGAUCUCAAAUUCAGUCUCAACCACAAUUAUUUGCUAGUAAUCUGUCACAACACCGACAGCAACAACACCGACAGCAACAACAACAACAGCAGCAGUAUCAACAGCAGGAACGUCAACGGCAAGAACGUCAACAGCAAGAACGUCAACAGCAAGAACGUCAACAGCGGGAACGUCAACAGCGGGAGCGUCAACAGCAGCAGCAGCAUCAUCAUCAACAGCAGCAACAACGCAUUUCAAAUUUAAAUGUAAAUUUAAAUGUAAUAGGUCAACCUUCCAUUUUUAAUCAUACCUUGCAAAUCAUUGAUCCUACGUUAAUAACUACAUCAGCUCCUUCUAACGUUAAUCUAUUUAAUGGAUCCUCAAAUGGAAGUAAUGGUUUUGUUUCUGGAUUAGGUAUCCAAGAUAUGCCUAAUCUUAUGUCUUUUGGGUUAUGUGAUCAGGAUGAUGGUUCUUUCAAUGAGUGGAUCAAUUGGGAUAUCAAAUUUUAA